AUGUCAUUCCUCGAGGCUACCAAAGCUCGUCGCUCUCUCUAUGCACUUGGUAAAGAGUCACCCAUAUCGGAUGACAGGAUCCUUUCGAUCAUAAAGCAUGCCAUUCGCUACACACCCUCGCCAUUCAAUGCCCGCUCUUGCCGCUGCAUCGUGCUCUUCGGAGAUCAUCAUGACAAACUCUGGGACAUGGGUGCUGAGGCCAUUCAAAAGUGCAUGCCAAUGGCUGCAGACAUCCUCAUCCCCAAAGUCCAAGGGUUCCGCGCUGCUUACGGCACUGUCUUGUUUUUCGAGGAUGUCGAGUCUGUGAAAGAGCUGAGCCCUCGGUUUGCAAAGAUGUCUGAGGAGAACCCUGAAUGGUACGACCACAGUAGCGGGAUGAAUCAGUACGUCGUCUGGACGGCUCUCGAGGCUGAGGGUCUCGGAUGUAAUCUUCAGCACUACCAGGGUAUGAUGGCCAAGGAGAUGAAUGCAGAGUGGAACAUUCCCGAAACUUGGCAAGCGAAAUGUCAGCUUGUCUUUGGAGAACCAUUAUCAGGCCCUUUGAUGGACAAGGAGAAGACUUUCCGAGACAUUGAUGAAUGUCUCAAGGUUUACCAAUAG